AUGGAAGCACCGAGCGGAUAUCCGGAUGUCCCACCUUCGCGUCCCUCUGCCGCCGCCGGCAUGGCUGCUGCAGACCCCGCAUUGGGGAUGGCAGCAAUCAUGGAAAAUCAGGUGGAAGAAAUGCGCAAGCUGCUCAGCAGAUUCAAGGUAUGUGCAAACCCGGCAGCUGCAGGUGUCGGAGCAGAUGUGGAUGCAGGUGCCCUUCCAGGGCAUGCAGACAUCCUGAUCUUUGGGCCCAGUGGUAGUGGGAAGAGCAGCCUUAUCCGCACCUUUUACAUGGCGCUGCACAAGACGCAGCAGGUUCCUGCAGACUUUGCGGACAGGAUAAUUGUCAAGGACACAGCCAUGAACGAAGGCACUCUCAAAUACAUUUCUGCCGUCAUCAAGCCGGCGAAACUAGACCACCGAGGUAACAUCCUCUCGUCCUCCAUCUUGUGUCACGACACUCGAGGCCAGAUUUGGAUGGACGAACGAGAGCAGAAGCAGCUCAGCGUCAUCAUGGAUGGGAACGUGAAGGACGACUCCAUGGUGCAGCAACGAAACUACAGGUAUGCGAGAUUGCUCUGGGAAUUCUGGAAGAGAGACUCCGAGCUCUUCCCUCCCGAGAUUCUGGCCAACAAGCGGGGUGUGCACAACCAGCCCCACGCCGUUCUCUUCGUCUUCGAUGGGUCCAUGGAGGAGAUACCGGACGGGGAAGAGGAGACAAAGUUCUACAGGGAGAUCAUCCAAAUGUGCCGCGAGAAAGGCUACACCAACCCACAGGCAGCAUCCGGAGUUGAGUAUGAGCCACGAGGCAUAGCCAUGGAUGCAUGGGAUCCCCUCGCAGAUCCGGCUGAUGUUGACGCACCGGGCAAGGCGGACCCGACAAAGGAGCUGUCUUGUUUCUGCGUUAUCGACGUGCUGUCAGUCCGAGGUGACUGCAGCGCAGUGGAUGAUGCUUCGAUGUUGGCUAUCGCCGGUCCCUUGGGCCGUGAGGCGGUGUUGUCCUCGACCCGCAUGCGAGACGUCGAGGACUGGAUUUCGCGGGCAGAGGCCAGCGGCCUCGAUGUAGAGCAGAUCCUUCCGGCAAGGCAACACCUGAGGUCCUUGGCCAAGCAGAAUCCGACGAUCCACUGGGAAAAGCGAGAGAGCCAAGCGACGGCAGACCUUGUGGAUGGCACAAAGGCUGGCGAAGCCGAAGCGCGACUGCAAGCUGCCGAGCAGCAGGUGAAUCUGCUGCUCAGUGACAAGUCAAGCUUGUCUGCAGCAGGGAACAAGGCCAUGCAGGACGCCGCAGAGCAGCUCAAGGCCAGCUUUCUGCACAUCGUCUGCGGCCGUUUCUGUCCUGGCACGAAAUGCGAAGUCGCAGGAAGCCAUAGGAGAGGGCUACAGUGCCGGGGCGAUGCUGCCAUGGUUUGCAGGGGUUUCGAAGCUCGCACUGCUGCAGUCAUGCUGCGAAUGGGAGUUGCAGAGUUCUUAGGGGGGCGGGGAAAGGCACUUGUGUCCCUCGGAAAGGCAUUGAAGGAAUGCAAAGAGGCAGCUUUGUGGCAACGCUCCCUGUUGCAUCUUCAAGAAUUCCGGAGGCUUCAUGAACCGGAUGCCGCAGCACUCGAUGCAGCGACGAUCGCUUGUAGCCGAAGAAACCGGUGGGAUCUGGCUGUCUUCCUGUUGCGGCAGCGCUGGGAGAUGGAGGGGCCGUCAUGGAGGUCCGCUUUCAAUCCUGGCUGUGGAGCAAGCAUCAGUGCUUGCGCCCGUGCGGGACACUGGGACCUGGCAUUGGCCUUGUUUGCGGAGGCCAGAGUCAGGCGACAGCCCAUCUCCGACUGGAGCUGCAGUGCCGCUAUUAGCGCCUGCAUGAAAAUCGCCUCCUGGAGCCGGGCCUUGCUCAUCCUUCAGGAGGUGCCAGACGCUCACCGGGAAGGCUACAAUGCAGCCGUUGCAGUCUGCGCCGAGGGUCGUCAGUGGCAGCGGGCCCUUCGCCUGUUGGAGGACAUGCAGCGACUGUGCUUAAGGCCUGAUGUCUUCACUUACAGCUCCGCUGUAGCCGCUUGCCGGUUUUCUUGGGAGAUGGCUGGCUUGAUCCUGGACGGGAUGGAUAUCGCCCCGAACAUUUUGACGUAUUGCUCAGUCAUGAGCUCUUACGUGAGAGCUUGGCAGUGGCAGCGAGCCCUUAGUGUUUUUGCCAGGCUUGCACGCAUUCAUCGCCCGAAUGCGGUUGCCUACACUUGUGCAUUUCAGGCUCUGGACCUAGCUGGCCCGGAAUGGAAAGACGGGGCUUGGCAACUGGUGGACAGCAUGCAGCACGACUACCGGCAGCCAGUCGAUGUUGUGAGCUACAAUGCUGCACAGCAGGUCCUGAACCACGCCGAGAUUCCAAUGGCCGAGCGCACUUUCCAGCGGGAGAUCUUUGAACCCGCUGUGCUCGAGCUUGAGAAGCUAACAACCUUCGGCGUGUCCUCGCCAAAUCCUGGCGUCAAGCCACCCGACAUGGGAUCCUUCUCUAGAGGAAUGCUCGAGGCACUGCUGACGCAAGGAAGCCUUCUUAGAAGCGCCGGAAAAGUGGACCUCAAGCAGCUCAUCACAUCGCGGCGAAUUCUGAACCAGCUACAGCCGAAGGACAAGCAGGUUGAGCCGGAGACCAAGCAAGCUCUGGCCAAGGCCAUGCUUCAAGCCAUGAAGGAGAAGGAUGCCGUGAAGCUCGGACGUGUUUUGGAUGCUGCAGCAGAGGCAGAGGUGAAGCUCCCAGGCCUGGAGGCGGCCCGAAGGAAGCUUGCAGAAUGGAGGACGGCUUCACCAGAAGACUCGGAAGAGCGUUCUGGAAGGACUGCAGAGGUGCGUUUGCGGAUCAUUCUGCCGGAUGGAAGGAGAGGAUGGCUUCCUGUUGAUCCUGAAGACCACGGCAGCAAAGUGCUGAGCAGCUUGCCGCAGGAGCUGACGGCGAGUGGCGACAUGCACUUCUUCCUUGGAUUGGAGGCGUCGCCGAAGGGUGCGGUGACUCUUCGCGAGGAGGUGGUCUUUUCCCUCGGCAGGAAGGUCGGUGACCAGCCGGAGUUCCUUGUCCAGGGAGCGGCGCUUUGUGUCUGUCCCGGUCGUCACAGGAGCUCUUUCGAGUCCGGGGAGGACAGGCGGUCCGAUCCCACCAGCCCACUUUGGCAGAGCGUCAUGAGAGCAGUGUCGGAGCCCUUUCCCACUUUCGCCAAGGUCGAGAAGCUUCUGGAGGACACGAGCGGCUGGCCAGCUGUGGUCCUUGCGUGGGGCGGUCUCGAGGAUGUGAGCGUAGCCGAGAGAAGUCCUGAGGCCGCGCAGGCCGUGGGCGCAUGUCGUGCGAUCUUUACAGGAAAGGUGGAGACGGCAGUGCUGCCGUCUUUGAGUGUGCCGACGACCUCCGUUAUCGUAGACGAUACCAGGGCAAGCAGCACGGACAUCGCGCGCAUCCUUGGAGAGAUAGAGGCCGGUGGAGUACAACGUCCGUUGUUGCUGGUCGUGGUGUGCCGUGCCUUCCUGAGCAGGAGUCUUCUGCAAAGCUUGCGGCAGCACCUGCCACAGGAUGUCAUGCUCUUCCCGUGCCCUCCUGCCACCUUGAUGCGCGCCUGCAUGGAGGAGGUGCCGGUCUUCGAGUCCCAGAUCCUGGAAGAGGCCUCGAGGCUGCGGUCCGAGGGCGUGGUCCGACUUACCGAGAGGUGCCAGGCCGCGUUGGCCAGGUUGCAGGCGUCGCCCGAAGUUGCGGUUGGAAAUGCGGAGAAAAAGCGCCGUGUUCGACGGUCCUACCUUUCUGCGCCCUAG